AUGUCUGACAUCGCUCCUGACCAAGUCUCCCCCAAGACCGCCCAAGAGGCUACCGCCCCCGCCGCUGCUUCCCCUACCACUGGUGGUGAGAAUGGUGGUGACCACCCUUUAUCCCUCCGUUCUCUGGUCUCUACAAAAGAAGCAGGUAUCAUCAUUGGUAAAGCCGGAUCUACCAUCGCAUCCAUCCGAAACUUGACUGGAGUCAAAGCCGGUGUUUCCAAGGUCGUUCCUGGUGUUCAAGAUCGAGUUUUCUCAGUCUCAGGUGACCUCGAAUCUGUUUCUUCCGCUUAUGCCGAAAUUGCUCGACUUUUACUCGAAACUCCUCUUUCUGACUCUUCCCUUCCACCUCCUCCUGUUGGAUCUUUCACUUCCAUCCGACUCUUGAUCUCCCACAACCUUAUGGGAACAGUUAUCGGUCGAUCAGGUCUCAAGAUCAAACAAAUCCAAGACCUCUCAGGUGCAAGAAUGGUAGCUUCCAAAGAGAUGCUUCCUCAAUCUACCGAACGAGUCGUAGAAGUUCAAGGUUCAGUCGACGCCAUCAAAACUGCCGUAGCUGAGAUCGCCAAAUGUCUUCAAGAAGACUUUGACAGAGGAGCAGGUACUGUCCUCUACCACCCUGGGGCUGCUGGAGAUGCUGGUGUCCUCGCUGGUGGUCUUGGUGCUCAAGCAGUCACUGGACCAACUGGUGGUAUUAGGAGAACUUCAGUUGCCGCUGGAUUCGGCAACCCCUUCCCCUCCGGUGAACGAAGAGGUUCUCAAGUACCUAGAGCUUCUAUCUCAGGUGUCGCAGGUGGAGAGAGAAGACAAUCUGAAGCUCAACCUCAAAUUAACCUUAACGACCCCAACCUUAGAACCCAAAACAUCUCCAUUCCCAGCGAUAUGGUUGGUUGUAUCAUCGGCCGAGGCGGUUCUAAAAUCACCGAAAUCCGACGACUUUCUGGUUCUCGAAUCUCCAUCGCUAAAGUACCCCACGAUGAGACUGGCGAACGAAUGUUCACCAUUCAAGGUACUCCUGAAUCCACCGAGAGAGCUUUGAUGCUUUUGUACUCUCAGCUCGAAUCUGAAAAGGAGAGACGAGUCAAUCAGAACAACGAUAACGUUGAGGCUGCCUAA